AUGACUACGAGGUCGUAAAUCCGCCAUGUUUUCCCUCCUUGUAGUAUCGUUGCGACAGAGACGGAGAGCUCGAACGACAUGAAUGUAGAAAAUAAUCAUACGGCAGAAACAGAGACGGAGCAAACGAAGGACGGCAACGAGACCAUCACCAUUCAGACUACACUGGGAGAUGAAGGUUUGUCGUCUUUAGACUUAAAAACAAAGCGAAUCAUUUAUGAAAAACUGUGAAUGGGGCCUAGCUAACUUCCUCCAUCAUGAAAGUUGCUAGCAGCUAGCAUGCAUUAGCAGCACAUGAGACAAUUUUAAGUCCAGCUUGUUGUCAGUGUAUAAAUCAGUGUCGUUUACUGUUGUGUGAGGCUGUUUCAUCCUGUUUUGUGUUGCCUUUCUGCUGAUAGAUGAAGAUGUGCACAAGUGUGGACGCUGUCAGUCCGAGUUUUCCACGCUGGAGGCUUUUAUCCAACACAAGCUGCAACACAGCUGCCAACGAGCAGAGACACGGGAGGAGGCGAGCAGCCAGGAGGUAGAAACUCUAAAAUAAACACAGUUUUUAUGUGCAAACUGAGUUUGGAUGCACUUUAAUAUUUACACUUUGCUGUUACAGGUUACAGCAGCUAAUGACAGCUCCUCAGAGGUGAAACCAGCAGAAGGAGCAUCUGCAGAUGAGUCACUGAAGACCACUAAUGGUAGGUUCAAUAAUAACUUUUAUUCAUAAGAAUAACUUUAUUUUUACGGCACUUUUAAAAACAGAAGUUUACAAAGUGCUUUGACAAACAGUACAUCAGCACAUGGAAAUAAAAACAAACAAAAAACAAAAGCUCAGUUAAAAACAAGGUCUCUGAAUUGAAGACCAAUUUCAUUUGUCAUAAGAAACCCAGACAAUACAAGAACCCUACAACAUAAAAUGAGACCAUGAAGACCAAAAUAAAAACAUAAAAUAGGUAAGAAGAAGAAAUGUAAUAAAAAAGGGGGGUAGAAAGCAGGAAACAGGAUAGUAAAUAUAAAAAGAUAAUAUUAACAAUGAUAAUAAAAUCAUGGAAUAAUUAUGAUGCUAAUAUUGAUGAUAAAAUGGAAUAACAAAAAUGAGCAGGAAAAAACUAUAAAAUCAAUAAAAGGCCUAAAAGUUUAAAUAAGAAAAUAUUAUAAUUAAAACAAAGGCUAAAAAUAAUACUAAUCAUCUUAGUAUAAGAAAAAACUGUGCAUGAGCAUAUAGACCUAAAUUUACAAAAUACUCCGACACUGGCAUGGUCAGUAAACAUUUUACCUUUACUAACUUCAGAGCUGUCAGUUGUAGUUUUAGGUUUAUACAAACCACAAGCCUGGGCUCCAUCCAGUGUUCAGAGUCAGAAUUACAUACAGAAUAUUCACUGUGCCUGCUAGAGAUAUUAUAUCAAUAACUGAAAAAAUCAAUCAAUCAGUUAAUCAGUCUUUUUAUAUAGCACUUAUAACACUAGAGGUUUAAAAUCUAAAAGCAAAGUAACAUAAAUGAUACAUACAGAAAUGAUACAUAAAAUGGAAUUAAAACAAAUGUAAAAGAUUCUAAAAUAAGAGCACCAAAAUAGCUUAAUGAAAGAUGAUCCUGUCAUUAAAACUAGAAAAGAUAAAUGCUGAAACACUUAAUAAUCCUAAUCCACAAAGUGAUUGAUCGGCGAUUUCCUCUUGUUCUCUUGCAGAUGAGAGCGGCGGCAUUUUGGGUCGCGGUCGCAGGAAGAAAACUGUUUCACUGAAAGUAGCUGACCAGUCGGACAAGACCGAUGGAUCCUUAUCUGAUAACGCUGACGGCGAAAAGCCUGUUUACAAAGUUAACAGUGAGGGACGCUACAUCUGCCAACUUUGUGAAAAGACUUUUAAAACUGUGAGUAUGUGCGCAGGUUCUACCAGAAAAUGUUUAUCUCAUUAAUUCUUGAGGUAAUUUUUCCUGUUAUCUCUUUCACUCAACAGACCAACAUUUUGAGAACUCACAUGAAAACUCACAGUGAUCAGAAGAACUUCACAUGUAGCCUAUGUGGGACCUCCUUUAGGACGAAAGGCUCCCUGAUUCGCCAUAACAGACGCCACACGAGUAAGAAGAACUUGUUUUGUGCCUCAAAUCAGUGUCCUCAGUAAACUUCACAAAAUGAUCAUGCACCAUCUUUUGGUUUUCUUGCAGAUGAGCGUCCGUAUCGGUGUAACUUAUGUGGACAAUCUUUCAGAGAGUCGGGUGCUCUCACCAGACACCUUAAAUCCCUCACACCCUGCACGGAGAAGAUCCGCUUUGUCCAGUACAAGGAAAUUUUGGUCAGCAAAGAUGGAGUCCAGAAAGGUCAGGUUUAUGCUGAAAAUAUUUACUUGAUGCUAUUACUCCGUAUUUUCUUAUAAGAGCUUAAAGAUAGAGUUAAUGUUGAAGUUUUGUGGACUUUUGAAACUUGGUACAAAAGUUCUGGAUUUCUGAACAGAGAUGAAGUACAUAUGGAAGUUGCGUGAAAGUUCUGUGUGAAUUUUUCAGGGGUUGACAAUAAUGCUGCUGCAAUGGCUGACCAGCAAGAGGUGAUGGUUGUGGAGCAGCAGCAGCCUGAGGAGCAGGAGGUCGAAGAGUCUCAAACUGCUGUUGUCAGUGUUGUGGAAACUUGUCCACAAGAGGUCCUCCACCAGGUCCACUUCACGAUGGAGGUGGAUGGAACAACACAGGAGCAGCAGGUAGUUAGAACGAGGGUCGGAAUGUGACACAAAACAUACGUUCUCAACCAUUUUAAUGAUACAAACAUGUUCUUCUCCACCUCUGGUCAGGUUGUAGUUGAGCAGUCUCAGGCGGAGGCUCUGGCAGCUGCUGCAGCAGCAGGCGACAACCUUAUCUGCCAGGCUAUCAUCAACUCUGGCAUCGCGCUGGGGACGGAGGAGACUGUGGUUGAAGAGACCUCGCAGGCAACCGAGGAGAUAGACAAGGAGGUUUCUGACUGUCCUGAAACUGAUGGGGGCGUCACUGAGAUCCAGGUGAAGGAGGAAUUUGUGGAGAUGGAGGCAGAGGUGAGGAUGGAACGGUAUAUCUUCUGCUCAGAGUUUUUUUGGGGACAUGUUUUUGGUAUUACGACCACUUUUUAUUAUCAGUUUCUUUUAUUUAUAGUUUUUUUCCCCUUCUUAAUACUGUUAUAAGACACGUUGUCUCAUAAAUGAUCGUAGAAAUUUGAUAUAUAGCCGAAAAUAGGGUAACUGUGUUUGGUGUUGCACUGACAACAUUUACACUUCAUGAUUUUUAAAAUGUUUUAUGUCUAUUUUUAAUUUCUUUUGCAGGAAUCAGGUGACGGAGAUACUCAGACGUCAAAAUUGUACCAGUGUCCACACUGUAAUCGCUCCUUUAAGGGACUUAACUACUUCCGCUUCCAUGUGAAGGGCCAUUUAGGUGAGCCUCGUGAGCUGUGUAAUUCAGAAUAUGAAACCCAAAGAAGGCCUUCAGAAUUUUCCUCAAAAAUACCAGGGAAAAGUCUGAAAGGAGCCUCCGUCUAAACUUUAUUUCUUUGCAGGUUACAAGCCUUUCAAAUGCACACUGUGCCAUAAAGAGUUUCUGACUGGUUACCUGCUGAAGAAACACAUGGAGGUGCAUGUCAGUGAGAGGAGGUACAAGUGUGGCGAGUGCGGCAAGCUGUACAAAACCAUUGGGCAUGUACGUGAGCACAUGAGGGCGCACUCAGAUGAGAGACCCUACAACUGCUCUAGAUGCAACAAAGGGUACAAGACCAAGGUAAAUAUGGUGAUGAUUGUUUUUGCAUUUUGUUGGUUAUAGUUUAAGCUCAAACAUGUCUCUUUUUCCUUCACUCAGAAUGCCUUGCAGGUCCAUCAGCGGACCCACGGUGAUGAGAAACCUUACGUGUGUCAGUUCUGCUUGAGAGGCUUCAGAGAGAAAGGAUCUCUAGUGCGACACAUUCGCCAUCACACAGGGGAGAAGCCGUUCAAGUGUCCGAAAUGCAAAAGAGGCUUCGCCGAGCACGGGACUCUCAACCGACACAUGCGAGCCAAAGGUGGGUGAGAUUUAAAGACAAUAAAAAAGAAUUAGAAAAAAAAUGAGUGAGGCUAAUAGACACACGAUUUCCACCAGGAGGCUGUCGAAAGGAAGACUCCAGCGAGCAGCAGGGUGCAGAAUCAGAGGAGCAGGCGUCAGCAGAUAACCUCGCUACAGCAGCCAUCAUCUCAGAGGAUCCUCAUGCUGUGCUGGUGGAGUUCUCCUCAGUGGUGGCAGACACACAGGAGUAUAUCAUCAAGGUAGGCCUCAAGGAAGCAGAGCUACUGCCUUGUCAAUCACAUCUGUGAGGAAAUGCAUUACUCUGUCUUAACAAAACCGUUAGAUUACUUCCUUCUAAUUUGGCAAUGACAGUGAUGACUUCAGUGUUUGAGAAAAGGUAGAGGAACAAACUGAACUGACUAAAAAUAGUGAUUUAAACUCUGAUUUUACAUUGUGAAUUACUUUGGAUGGAGAGCACUGCAAGGCAGACUUUUCACUGUUAGAUAAAAGCUAAAAUUUGAUUUGUUUUCAUGAUCAAAUUUCAGUCAUGGAACUCAGAGAUGUUAGAAAAAACUCAAAACUACUGAUGUAACAGACUGAAACUGAAGCCGUGAAGAAACUGACUUGUAGGAAUAUCCAUGUUUUAUGAAUAUGAUUCAAGGCUAUGUUUUAUUAAGGUUGUUCAAGAUCAAUUCAAAUCUCCUUUUCUAUUGUCUGUCUGAACUGAGGAGAUACUCUGCCACUUUUUGAUGUAUCUCUCAAAUCUCUACAGACUCAAACCGAGGAGGAAGUGCAGGAGGAAGAGGUCACUCUCAUUCAAGACAGCCAAAAUGAGGUCAGUAUACUCACAGACACAGACACACACACAUGCAAAAGUAUCUGUGGGAUUGAUAGCAGAGGUUGAGGAUCACUUACCUUACAUACUUUCGAGGCAACAGUUUAUUGUUAUCAUCAGUGAUUAUACAACAGCUGUUUUCUUGAUCAGUAGAUGUCCAAAAAAUGUCCUGAUUUGUGUGUCUGUUUGGCUUGGCAGCUAAAUUGUGCGACCCAAGAUUCAAUAACAUCCCUCUGCUCUUUGCAACAGCUUCCUUCUCAAUUACUCCCCUAGUUUCUUACUUUAUCCACUGUCCUGUCUUAUAGAGGCCAACGUAUUAUUUCGGAACUUCUUUCUCAUCCGUCUAACAACAUAAAAUCGAAGACUAUUCAUAAAAUAUCACAAAUAUCCACAAAAAAGUACCCAAUCCUUGUAUUUACAAAGCUAUUUCCAGCACAUUGUACAACAUAUUCCUUCAUAAAUCUCUGAAACAGCUGAGAGACUUUAGAGUGUGUGUAAAGUCGAAGUAAUCAGAUUGAAGUUUACAGUUAAGUAGGUUUACUGAUACAAGGAGUUUCUGUGUUUUGAGCAGAAAGCUACUUUUCUACAGUGUUGAAUAGGCUUGAAAAGAGGGAUAAAGGAAGACAGAUGUAGACAAAGCAUCAACGACAGCAUUAAUACAGAUAAAAACAGAUGGGAAAUAAAAAUAGAAAAGAAUCAGUUGAUAAAUCAAGCAGUUGAAACUCUGAAACUCCUAACUCUCCCCUCCAGAUGGGAAACCACAUCAUGAAAGUGGUGCAGCGAAUCGUCAGCCAGUCACAAGGCGCCGGCAACACAGGCAGCCAUCAGAUCAUCGUGCGUGACGUAGCCAUGAACGAGGAAGGCCCCUCCAUCUCUGACUGCGGUGACACCAUCACCAUCGCUACACCAGAGUGCCUGACGGAGCAGGUGGCCAUGACGCUGGCCUCCGCCAUCAGCGACGGCACGCUGCUGGCCACGACGGGCACCGUGGAGACGGCAGACGGGACAGUUACUGUGGUUACCACGGAGGGAGUGGUGGAGGAGGGAAUACAGGUUGUGCAGCAGCAGGAGGAAUAUGUCAUCACUUCUCCAGAGGAGGUGGAGAUUCAGACUGUCAUUGUAUGAUGAAGAGGAUAAUAACUGUGAACUGCCAUGAAUUCGCCACGACGUUUCUGUGUAGCUGAUGACUGCAGAGUGUGUCUGAGCUUCAUGAGUGAGAGAUGAAACAAACGCCAAACGAGUGCACAUGAGGAUUAGUUCUCUGAAACUUUGAGGAUAGAUUUACUCAAAUGGACACUGCCUACAUUAAGUCGGCUAAUCAUUUGACCUUUUGUAAACAGCCUGAACAAGAAUUUAUCUUGAUUAAUUUUGUAUGUUUUUCAUUCAAACACUUGAACUGAUGCGUAAUGUUUUUUGGUAGCACAGACUGAACAUGUCUUCACUUUUAUCCAUGGUAAAAAAAAAAAAAGUGGAAAUCUUUCCGUCUUAAACUCAUCUCAGCUCUGCUACAGUCAAGUUCAAAUCUCUUCAUGUGGGCUCUGAAAUGUGACGCCCUUAUGAGAUCAAGUGUGAGUGCCUGCAGAUUUUAGGCCAUGUACGGAGAGUAUAUCGGUACAAAGAGCUCCUCUGAGCUGGUUACGAAUAAUGCAUCUUUAAGCACGACACAGUGACCAAACAUAACAAAUGCGUUCAGCUCAUAUGAGCAGCCUUUGCUUCAAAUAAAUGCUAUUUUAUUAUAC